AUGACGUUUUCGGAGAGAGCACCAAUGGAGAAUGGGUCGUGUCCUGCUGAGAAGCCAGAUCCAGGUUUGCUGUCUGGGUUGGAACCACGGGCGCAUCGCUGGGCAGUUCAGAGUGUGGGUCUCAAUCUCAUACUGAUCAUCACCGUCAUCAUCUUCAUCAUCGCUGUGUCAGUUUCCCACUUGGUGUCUGAGAAGGGACCGACCCCGGCAGCCCCUGGGAGCAAUGGAGCUGGGAGCAGAGAUACAGCGACAGCCCCUGGGAGUGACAGAGCCGGGAGCAGAGAUACAGCGACAGCCCCUGGGAGCACAGACACCUGCACAGCAGAAUGCAGCGCCCGCCUGGAGCGUUUCCGAUCCCAGCUGUGCCCCCCGGCCCCGCCCGGCCCAGCAGGGGGCCCCGGGUGCAAACUCUGCCCCACGGACUGGCAGCUGCGCGGGGACAAGUGCUACUGGGUCUCCAGAAGAAGUAAAAUGUGGAGCGAGAGCCACACCGACUGCUCAGCGAGGGGCUCCCAGCUGCUGGUGAUCCGGGACCCCAAGGAGCUGGAGUUCCUAAAGGACCUGACACAAGAUUCAAAUCAGUUCUGGGUCGGACUGUCCGUCUCCUCCCCGGAGAAGGCCUGGACCUGGCUGGAUGGCUCCCGGCUGGAUCAGACCCAGUUCCCGGUGUCAGGCCCGGCUGAGGGGAACAGCUGUGGGGCGGUGAAGGGGAAUCAGCUUCAUUCUGACACCUGCAGCUCUGUAUUUCAGUGGAUUUGCCAGCGAGAUGCCGUCCCGCUCUGAGCAGGGU